AUGGUUUUAAAACGGCGCUUGGCAGUUAGUUCUGAUGCAGAAUGUAACGGCAACAACGCAUCACAAUUAUCACCGUCACCAAAUCGCCACAAUCACAAUCACCACCACCGUCACCAAACAACCUUCAUCACGACCAUCAUCAUCCCCACCACCAUCACAUGGACCAUCACCACCAAUACCACAACCAACAUCACCACAAACAUCACCAAUACCACAACCUCCAUCACCAACAUCAUCCCCUCCGACACCAACACCAAUACCAACACCAUCACAACCACUAUCACCAUCAUCAUCAUCAUCCCCACCAAAUCAUCACCACCAUCGACAACACCGUCUCCACAACACUAUCAUCACCACCAUCACCACCACCACCACGACUUUCAUCACCUUCACAACCACCAUCAUCACCACCCAACCAUCACCAAUAUAAUAACCUCCAACAUUUCAAACACCACCAUCAACAUCGCCACCAUCAUGACAAGCACCACCAUGACCACAAACAACACCAUCACCACUAACACCACUUCCAUCACCAUCACCACCAUUACAAUCACCAUCACCAACACAACCAUCACCUACAACACCAUCACCACCAUCACCAUCACAACAAUAUACAUCAGCACAAUCAUCACCACCACAUUCAUCAUCACAAAUACAACCAUCACCACCUCCAUCCCCCAAAACACCACCAACACAACCAUUACCACUUUUAUCACCACCACGACCACAAUCACCGCCAACACCACCAUCACCACCAACACCACCAUCACCACCAUUUCCAUCACCAUCUCUACACAAAUUAUCACAACCACAACCACUUUCACAACCACAACUACCAUCAAAACGAUCAUGAUCAUCACCACGAUAACCACCAUCAUCACCACCACAAUGACUAUCAUCAACAUCACUAUAACUAAAACUACCACCAUCAGCAUCACAAUUAUCACCACCAUCACCAAAUAA